GCUUCCGUCUUCCCGCCGCCCGGCCCGCCCGCCCCGCGCGCUCCCGGCGGCCAUGGCUCCGCUGCGCUUCUCCGCCAAUGUGUCCUGGCUGUUCCCCGAGCUCCCCGGCCUCCCCGCCCGGCUCCGGGCCGCGGGCAGCUCGGGCUUCAAGGCAGCCGAGGUCGCCUGGCCGUACGCGGAGCCCCCCGAGGCGCUGGCGCGCGCGGCGAGGGAGGCCGGGCUGCAGCUCGUGCUCAUCAACACGCCCCAGGGAGACCGAGAGAAGGGGGAGAUGGGGCUGGGAGCCGUGCCCGGGAGGCAGGCGGCCUUCCGAGAAGGGCUGGAGCAGGCGGUGCUGUACGCCAAGGCUCUGGGCUGUCCCAGGAUUCACCUGAUGGCUGGCCGAGUACCUCAGGGAGCUGAUCGAGCAGCAAUCAAGGGUGAAAUGGAGACCGUUUUUCUGGAGAACUUGAGGCACGCAGCCGGGGUUUUGGCUCAGGAGAACCUCGUGGGACUGCUGGAGCCCAUUAACACCCGUGUCACGGACCCCCGGUACUUUCUGGAUACCCCCCAGCAGGCGGCAGCCAUCUUGCAGAAGGUGGGAAGACCCAACCUCCAGCUACAAAUGGACAUAUUCCACUGGCAGAUCAUGGACGGGAACCUGACAGGAAAUAUCCGGGAAUUCCUGCCCAUUGUGGGGCAUGUGCAGGUGGCACAGGUCCCGGGCCGGGGGGAUCCUGGCAGCCCCGGAGAGCUCAACUUCCCCUAUCUGUUCCAACUGCUGGAGGAUGGAGGCUACAAAGGCUUUGUGGGCUGCGAGUACCAGCCUCAAGGAGACACUGUAGAGGGCUUGAGUUGGCUACGUUCAUACUGGGAUAAGCGGGGCCUCCCAGAGGCUGGCCAGUGAGGUCCUGCAAGCCACCCCCGGGCAGCUCUGCACAGUGAGUUGAGCGCCCUAAAUCUCCCUUCAAUUAAAGACAAGCUGCU